UUUUAUUCAUUCUCUCUCCUAAUUUAUAUUAGUAUUCCCAUAAUGCCCCUGUCCAAUCGUCGGCAAUUAAUUUUGUUGUCGUAUGAGGAACAAAACUACAAAUAAAGAACACAACCAAAGGAAAGAAAAAAAAAAUUUGAUCAAAGGGACCCUUUUUUUUUUCUAUCAACCUUUGUCAAAGUUUCAAACCACACUUUUUUGUUUGUUUUUUAUGUGUAAAAAACAACAACAAAAGGAGGGGCUUGUUGUUGUUGUUUGUUUUUGAUGUAGUUGGUGGGGUGCGUAGGAUAAGCUACAAAGUUGGUUAAGGCUAAGAGAAUAGAAGAAACAAGAAAUGACAAAAUAUUUAAGAUUAUGCUUUUAUUUUAACAUAAUAACACACCAUUUAAUUGUGUGUGUGCUAUUUAAAAACAUAAAUGCUUAAUGGUUUUUUGGUGACCCUUUAGGUUCAUUAGCAUUUGUAUAAAGUUUUCUUUAAUACCCACUUGAGAAUUUUCAUAAAGUUGUAUGCUUUUUCAUUUGGGGUGGCUUUAAUGGAGGCCAAUUUUGGAUUUGAGAAGAAUUGGGUUAGGAAGGUUGUGUUCUGUUUGUGUUUGUUUUUGGUUUUGUCGGCUCCUUUAACUUGUGCUGGUAGAACCACCCUUAGCACCACCACCACUGGCGGCAGCGGUGGUUCAAUUCAGAAACUUGAAGUUCAGAAGCACUUGAAGAAUUUGAACAGGCAACCUGUUAAGACUAUCAAGAGUCCUGAUGGAGAUAUUAUUGACUGUGUUCAUGUUUCACACCAACCAGCUUUUGAUCACCCUGACCUCAAAAAUCACAAAAUUCAGGUGAGGCCAAAUUUCCAUCCAGAAGGGAAAACUUUUGGAGAGAGCAAAAUCAAAGCCUCUUCAAAUUCCAAGCCUAUAACUCAGCUUUGGCACAAAAAUGGGAGGUGUUCUGAAGGAACAAUUCCUAUCAGAAGGACUAAAAAGGAUGACAUAUUAAGGGCUAGUUCUGUCCAGAAAUUUGGAAAGAAGAAUCAAAGAAGUAUCCCUCAGCCAAAACCUGCAAAACCCUUACCUGACAUCAUCACUCAGAGUGGCCAUCAGCAUGCCAUAGCUUAUGUGGAGGGAGAUGAUUUCUAUGGAGCAAAAGCAACCAUAAACGUUUGGGACCCAAAAAUUCAACAACCUAAUGAAUUCAGCCUGUCACAAAUGUGGAUUUUGGCUGGUUCCUUUGGUCAAGAUCUCAAUAGCAUUGAAGCAGGCUGGCAGGUCAGUCCAGAUUUGUAUGGUGACAAUAACACUAGACUCUUCACUUAUUGGACAAGUGAUGCAUAUCAAGCAACUGGUUGUUAUAAUCUUCUUUGCUCUGGUUUUGUUCAAAUUAACAAUGAUAUAGCCCUUGGAGCAAGUAUAUUCCCACUUUCUAACUAUGGUUCUUCCCAAUAUGAUAUAAGCAUUUUGGUCUGGAAGGACCCAAAAGAGGGAAAUUGGUGGAUGCAAUUUGGGAAUGACCAUGUUCUAGGAUACUGGCCAGCUCCUUUAUUCUCUUACCUCACUGAGAGUGCCUCAAUGAUUGAAUGGGGAGGUGAAGUUGUGAACUCUGAGUCUGAUGGUCAACACACCUCAACACAAAUGGGAAGUGGACAUUUUCCUCAUGAAGGUUUUGGAAAAGCUAGUUAUUUCAAGAACAUUCAAAUUGUUGAUGGUGACAACAAACUAAGGGCUCCAAAAGAUCUUGGUACUUAUACUGAGCAACAAAAUUGCUAUAAUCUCAAAACUGGUAGUGCUGGUGAUUGGGGCAGUUAUUUCUAUUACGGUGGUCCUGGAAGAAACCCUAAUUGUCCAUGAUCUUUUAUGUUCAAAGUUUACGAACUAAAAUAUAAAAAAAAAAUAAAAAAAAAUUUAAUCGCAGUUUUGGUAUUUAUUUUUUCACUUGCUCACAUAAUUAGUUCUCCUUUUUAAAAUCAUGUUUUUUGAUCUCUAGUUCAAUUUUUUUAUUCAAAAUUGGUGAUGGGACAAAUUUUAAUUAAUGACCUGUAUAUUAUAAAUUUAUCUUGAUUAUUCUAUGUCAACAAGUUUUAUACUACAUCACCACUUUUUGAUUCAAAAAUUUGAGUGCGAGAAAAAAUAAUUUGAUUUAAAAAAUGAGGAUUUAUUUUGUGGAUUUAGUGAAUAUAAAAAUAUCAAAAUUGUAAUUAUGCAAAAAAAAACAAAAGUUUAUUUUGAAUUGAUCUAGUGACUAGUGUAGCUAGUAAAAUGGGCUACCACUUAGAUAAUUUGGUUAUGCUCAAAAAUCUCUUUGAGGUCUCCAAAAAUUGUUGGAGAAAAAGGGUGAUCGGUUAUUUAGAUUGACAAGAAAAAUGUUUCACCAUUGAUUUCCUUGUUUAUAUAUUUAUGUAUAAUAUAUAUAUUUGGGUAUUUUUGUUUUCUCCUUUCUUUGGAGCUAUGAAAGGGGAUGGGGUGUUAUAAUGUGGACAGAAUAUUCUCUAGUAUGGGGACAGUGAAAAUGUAUUUAUUAUUUUGGUACCAUGUUGGAUUAGUGGAAAGGUGUCUUAGUAAGAAUAUUAAUUUAUGAUUUUGCUAUUGCUA